AUGCCCCAAACGUUUGCGCUGCACCAGGCGUGCAUGAACGGAAACCUGUCCGAGGCUGCCGCAAUAAUCAGCGAUGCGGAAACCCCCGCGUCGCUCGUACUGGACAGAGACCAGUCCGAGAGAACCCCCCUGCAUUGGGCCGUCUCGUUCAACCACCAAGACAUAGUGGCCCUUUUGCUAGCCCAUAUGCAGGGUGUAGACUUGGACACGUUGCUCGACGACUCCAACUGGACCCCCUUCCAUAUCGCCUGUGCUGUUGGUUCGUUGACCCUCGUUAAGAAACUGUACGAAAGAGAUACCAAGCCAGACCUCAAUUUGCAGACAGGGCAAGGUACUACCGCUCUGCAUCUCGCAGUCGCUAAGGGUCACUACGAGGUGGUCCGUUUCCUAGUCGAGAAUGGCGCGUCCACCAGAAUCAAGGAUAAAAACCAGCAGAUCCCACUCCACAGAGCCGCUUCGGUUGGGUCUAUGAAGUUGGUGGAGUUCCUGUGCACUGCGGGGAAAUCUCCAAUCAACUGGACUGAUAGAUCCGGAUGGACACCGCUGUUCCACGCCUUAGCGGAGGGUCACGGCGACGUCGCCGUCACGUUGGUUGUCAAAUACGAGGCAGACCAGGACAUCGAGGAUGGUCGCAAUCAGAAAGCCGUGGAUGUGGCCUUGAACGACGAAGUGCGCAAUUACUUUACGAAUAAUAUCUAA